CUUUCCACGAAGCUCAGGAAAGAAAGAAGCAAGAAAAAAGAGAGAGAGAGAGAGAAACUCCGUCCCACCGCGGUUUUAAACGCCUUGGCCGCAGCAGCUCAGCCCAUUAAAACAAAGAGCGCAUCAACGCACAAGCAGAAGCUCUGAAGGAUGGAAGAUCAGCACGACGCAGCGCUCCUGGAGCGCGCAAACAGCGCGGACACCGUCACCGAGCCCAGACGCAAUGCCAAUGUUAAGGCCUUCAAGGUGGCCGGCCUGACCCUGCUGGCCUGUCUCCUGCUGGCUGGCCAGGCCCUCACUGCCUACUUCAUCCUGGGCCAGAGGGACCACAUCUCUGCCCUGGAGCAGGGCCAGGAGAACCUGAAGAACCAACUGAUCACUCGUGGGUCCUCAGGCUCUCCUAAAAAGAUGCAUGUGCCCAUUAACAGCAUGCCGCUGCUGACUGCUCUGACUGAUGAUGAGAGUCCCAAACAGAAGGUGCCUCUCACGAGACUGCAGUCCACCAGCUUUCAGAGGGAGGGAAGCGGACUUAUUGAUGGCACCAGACUGGCUCCUAGGAGGAUGCUCCGGCCCAUGAACACCCUGCCCAUCCUGGCUGAAUUCGGUGACGAAAAGGCUGAGGAAUCGACCAUCACCGAAUCUCCGGCCAUGGAGGUGGAGACUAAGUGCAAGCUGGAGUCUGAGAAGCAGGUAAAGCCUGGCUUCUUCCGCCCUCAGUGCGAUGAGAAAGGAAACUACCUGCCCAUGCAGUGCUGGCACAGCACCGGCUACUGCUGGUGUGUGGACAAGAACGGCAAUGAGAUCGAGGGCACUCUGAUGCGCGGCCGCCCACACUGCGGAGACGUCAACGAGAAGCUUGACUAAAGUCAGCAGAGAGCAUCAUGCUUUUCCUUACAUGAUGAAUAAAAGAGACUCACACGAAUCAGACAAUACAGCCCAUCUUGUUCUGUCCUAUAUUUGUCAAAAGGGCUAUUUGAGGAGAUUAAUCUUGAUUCUAUCAAAUAAAUUCAGUCAGCAUCUCAUUCUGUUUGCUCUGUUUAGGUGAGACAUUUAAGUACAAAUACAUUCUUCAUUGUUACAAUCUUCACACACACACAUAUACACACAUACACACACAUUUUGAGCUUCUGAGACUUUUUUAUAUUCUAUUCUAUGCAGAUGCUAUUGCUUUAUCUAUUUUUAAUAUUAAUUGAAAUGUGUUUUUUGUCUAAACAUAAGGCAAUGGUAAGAGAGGGAAGAGAGCAGGGUGGUAGAUUUCAGGGCUAUGAAUUAUGAAUGAAAAAGAAUGUACUGUAAAUAAGAGGCCUCCUAAUAAACCAUGCCUUUAUAAUCUAAA